UAGGGUUCAGUCCUCAAAUUUGGAAGCUGCUGUGUGGUUUUCUCUCUGCAGACAAAUUUUGGGGCUACCUACGGUCACAAACCCUAAAACUCCUCACUCAUCUUCAUCGCCUUUCAAUUUCUAGAGAGAGAGUGUAUGUUUACAGAUCGGAAAUGGCGGAGACCGAGACGUUUGCUUUCCUGGUUGAGAUCAACCAGUUGUUGAGUCUCAUCAUCAACACUUUCUACAGCAAUAAAGAGAUCUUUCUCCGUGAACUCAUUAGCAAUUCCUCUGAUAUUUGAACAAGUUUAUAAGAACAAGGCAGAUUUGAUUUUGGCCCUGUUCAUAGCUUAAUUUGUUUGUGUGUUCGAGCUCGAGCUCGAGCUAGUUCGUUUGUAAACGAGCUAUGUCGAGCCGAGCUCGAGCUUUAUAAAUAUCUAGCGAGCCAAGCUCGAGCGCAACUUUCAUAACUCGACUCGAGCUCGAGCCGAGCCCGAACAUUAUCAAAUUCUAUCGAGCCGAGCUCAAGCUUCACAGAACUCGACUCGACUCGGCUCGUUUGUAGCCCUAUCUACCAGAUCAGCUGAGCUUACAAACAAAGCUGACAAAAGUUAACAGUUAAUGGCAUUUGUGACCCCCAACGAAAUGGGUUCCGGGAAACUUGUUCGUGAGAAGAUCAUAAUCGAUACAGAUCCUGGUAUUGAUGAUAGCGUCGCGAUCUUCAUGGCAUUCCAAACUCCACAGCUGGAGGUCUUAGGUUUAACAACAAUAUUUGGUAAUGUUACUACAGAAGAUGCCACUUGCAAUGCUUUGAUCCUUAUUGCAGGAUACCCUGAUGUUCCUGUGGCAGAGGGUAGCCCUGAGCCUCUAAAGGGUGGAACACCAGAUGUUGCAUACUUCAUUCACGGUUUAGAUGGAUUAGGGGACACAAAUUUACCUCCUCCAAAAUCCAAGAAAAUUGAGAAGACUGCAUCAGAAUUUUUGGUGGAUAUGGUUUCUGAAUAUCCUGGCCAAGUAUCUAUACUGGCACUUGGACCAUUGACAAAUUUGGCUUUGGCUGUCAAAAAGGACUCAUCCUUUGCAAGCAAGGUGAAAAGAGUGGUCAUCCUUGGCGGAUCUUUCUUUGCAUUGGGAAAUGUCAAUCCUGCUGCUGAAGCAAAUAUUUAUGGGGACCCAGAAGCAGCUGAGAUUGUGUUUACAUCUGGGGCAAAUAUUGUUAUUACUGGCAUAAACAUUACAAGACAAGUCAUAAUGACAGAUGCUGACCUUGAUGAAUUGAGGCAGUCUGAGGGAAGACAUGCUCAAUUGUUAAGCACUAUGUGCAAAUGUUACAGAGAUUGGCAUGUUGAGUCUCUUGGAGUCUAUGGGAUUUUCCUCCAUGACCCAGUCAGUUUUGUGGCACUAGUUCGACCCGACCUCUUUACAUACAAGAAGGGGGUUGUGCGAGUUGGAACAGAGGCGAUAUAUAUGGGGCACACACUCCUGGACCAUGAACAAAAAUGGGAUUCAAGCAACCCAUGGUCAGGAUAUGCCUCUGUUUCAGUGGCGUGGAUGGUUAAUGUGGACGAAGUUCUUGAUUAUAUUAAGAAACUGUUGAUGGAACCAUGAAAUCUUUUGAAGUUGUGCUCGACACCCACUGAAGAUGUCAAAUACUAAGAAAAUAAAUGUUGGGUUGUCUUCAUUUUCUACUUGAGAUCCCUUGCGCUGUUAGUGACAAACCAAAUUUUGGGGGUUGAGUUCUAGUUUGCUGGUCUUCCAUAGCUGAAAGUUUGCUGUAAUAUAUGAAAUAUAUAAACGCAUUUACUUAAUUUACAUCAAUCAAAGUAAAGAUUUUACGAACA